CUCAGCGGCCAAUCAUGAACCGUGAAAGUUCAAAAGAGUACAAUAGGAAGUCACUAACUUAAAACUAGCUAGGCGGUUGCUAUCCGCUUUGACAGGUUUCAAUGUCCGCUGGCGCUGGUUAAGCAGUCUGCCAUACGUUCUUUUAGAUGGGUGUCAACAAAAGGAGAACGAGUUGCGGCUGUGUAGCAGCGGUUUUCGUCUUGUAUUUUGAUGUAAUAACAGGGUUUGCACAGAGCCAGCAGGAUUCGGAAUUCACCUUUUUGUUGCCUGCCGGAAGGAGAGAAUGUUUCUAUCAAACAGCAGCGAAGAACGGCUCGAUGGAGGUGGAAUACCAGGUGAUUGCAGGGGCAGGUAUGGAUGUGGACUUCACCAUCACCUCCCCCCAUGGAUACAUGCUGAUCUCUGAGUUUCGCAAGUCUGAUGGCAUACACACGGUGGAGCCCACAGAGGACGGCGACUACCAAGUAUGCUUUGACAACACCUUCAGCAGGUUCUCAGAGAAGAUGGUCUUCUUCGAGGUGAUUCUGGAGGGGCAGGCAGGAGACACCAGUGAGGAAGAUGACUGGGCUGCCAUGGCAGAACCCGAGAGCCUGUUGGAAUACAAGCUGGAGGACAUCCGAGAGUCUAUAGAGUCGGUCCACCGGCGCCUGGAGCGCAGCCGCCAGAUGCAAACUAUGCUACGAGCAUUUGAAGCGCGAGACCGCAACCUGCUGGAGGACAAUCUGUGGCGUGUCUCCUUCUGGUCCUGUAUUAACAUGCUGGUCAUGCUGGGCGUGGCAUUCACGCAAGUGUACACCGUGCGGCGCCUCUUUGAUGACAGGAGGAGAGUUCGCACGUAGCGCCUUCCAGCAACAGGCAGCAGGACUCUGUGUGGAGCCUAGAAGUCUCUGACAGGUUAAGCAAGGCAGUGGAUAAUGUGAAAAAUGUGACCGUCGCACUUGAAGGCCUCCUCUUCACUCCCAUUGUUGAACCCAUGAACCCUGAUAAACUGCCUGCACCAGUGUCCCCUUCCUUUGCUAAACCUACGUGACUUUAACUGGAUUCUGUCCGCUUUCAUACAUCCCAGUGCGCUCUUGACAACCUGUAGUUGCUGCCUUGACGUGCCUUUUAUUUACCUCCAUCGGUUCCCUUAAAUCCAUAGUUAACUGAUAACUAUCUUGUUUACCUCUCUCACCCAGGGUUCUCGGUUAAUCCCUGCCAUCUUUAAGAUGAUUGUCUUUAAGUGCCUGUGUGCUCUUCUUGAUUGUAAUGGACUGAAAAUUUUCUCCUUCCUUUUGUUGGUGACAAACUG